GGCUGCCGGUGGCGGGUGCCGCCCAGACGCGCGUGCCGCUCAUCCUCCACCGCUCGCACUGUGCCUCUGCCGCCAUCCUCUACCUUCACCACGACGGUCACGUUCGCUCUCGCCUGACUUUCUCAAUCGUAUCUUUCUCUCCUCUGGAGACGCUGCUUGCAUGCUGUGCGCCGUUGGACGGAAUGGCUUCGUAGAGAGCAAAUCCAAGGUUCAGCUGCGACCAGCACCUGUGAAGCCCGGCAAGCCGUCUGCGGCGCCCGCAGAACCCGUCUCAGCGCCGACCAAGUCGACAGGCGCGCCAGCUCUAAAUGCUGCCACAUCUGAGUCGGCACCAUCCACCACCCACGCAGAGUCGGUCAUCGAGGCGACGAAACACGAUCUUGAGGACGCGUCGCAGCAUGGCAUCCUGGUCCCGCCGCCGGAGGGUGCCUCCCGGGUCGGCAAGCUCUGGCACCAAGCCAAGGAACUCUUCAAAUUCUACUGGAGAGGCAUCAAGCUGAUCUGGACCCGACGUGCGCGCGUUCGGGAGAUGGAGGAGAGGGUCAAGGCGGGCGGGCCGCCGCUGGCGCGGUGGGAGGUCAAGUUCAUCCGGACGAACAACCGGGAUACGUUGAAGCUCGUGCCUUUCCUCCUUAUGGUGAUCAUCAUCGAGGAGAUCAUCCCGCUGGUGGUGCUCUACGCACCCGGCGUGCUCCCGUCCACCUGCCUGCUCCCCUCGCAGAAGGAGCGCAUCGACACUAAGCGGCGGGAGAAGCAGAAGACAUACGCCCUCAACAACAGGCAGAUGUUCGAGAAGCUCCGGCAGCGACUGUUGGCGAACCCGACGACGCCUGCGCGGACGCUAUUGGACAGCCCGACGCUGAUCGCCUUGAACGGUAUUCUGGCCCUGUCCACGAACGGUUUGGACGCCCUCCGUUUCCGGAGACUGCACCAACACCUGAUGGCCAUCGCAGAAGACGACGCGCUCUUGAAGCGAGAGUCUUUAGGGCAGUUCCUGAACCAGGAGCGCCUCAGGGAAGCGCUCGAGGAGCGGGGAAUCAUCACUGAGGGCCUUCCUCCCAUGACCUGGCAUGCGCGCCUUCAAUGGUGGCUGACAAACGUCGAGGGCGGGGACCCUUUCAUCCAGCGCGUGCUGCUCGUCGCGAGCAGCGGGGCGGGCAAAUUCGCAUGA